UAAGGGUCUGAAGCAUAUAAAGAAUAGGAGUGAAGGAAUACUUCUCAAAGUCGAGUACAACCAAUGGGGCCAGUGCAUUGGGGACACUGCAAAUGAACUGGUUAGCCAGAUUGGCUGGUAUGCAAGACGAAAUCUUCCACUGGCAUACAAUGAUUGGAGAAAAGUUCCAAUGGAAUUUAAAAAUCUAUUAUGGGAGUACAUCAAGGUAAUGCUAAUAGCUAAGAUUAAUUUUCAUAUGUAGUUGAAUAUUUAAUGUCAUUCUAACUAUUAUUGCUAAUUUUUGCAGUCAAUGUUCAAGUUAGGCCCAGAAGCUAAGCAUUCUACCUUAAAAACUGCUGGACGAAGAUGGAAAGACUGGAAAGCAUUCCUAACAAGGAACCUAAUUUUCAAAUACAAAGAUAAAGUUCCAGCAAUGCUCGAUCGUCCUCCAGAUGCUUAUGCUUCAUGUUACAAUCCCGAAGAUUGGAAAGAAUUUGUUGCCAAAAGAUGUAGUCCUGAAUGGGCAAAAAAGAGAAAGAAAAUGCAAGAUAUCAGGAGUCAAAAUACAUACAAUCACCAUGCGGGCCGAGGUGGUGUUAAGAAAGUUGAAGAAAAGUUGGAGAAAGAGUUGGGCCACCAGCUGACUAUAUAUGACAGGGCAGACUUGUGGAUUAGAAUACACACGAACAAAAACGGCGAGCUCGAUGGCCCUGCUCAGGAGGUCGCUGACCGGAUUGCUGAGAUACGAAAGCAAGUUGAGGAGGGGACAAUAUUAGUAGAAGGCUCAAAAGACAUACUCACUCUAGCCUUGGGAACCGAAGAGCAUGGAGGACGUGUUAGAGGAAUGGGGAGUGGUGUCACACAGACACAGUUUUUCAAAACCCCACGUCCUAAAAGAAAGAGAGUCGAUGACAAUGAUCGUAUGAGUGAGGUGGAGAAGCGACUUGAAGAGUCAGAGGAACAUCGUCGUAGACAAGAUGAAUUAUUAAAUAAACUCCUCCAAAUAGUCCAAAGCCAAAGUGAUGUUGCGGGCACCUCACAUGCAUCUGGCUCAGGUGUUGGGGGAGCAUCCAACGAACCAGCUUUUGCUGCUGUUACCUCAGUUCUAGGAGCAACACCUACUGCCAGGGCCUCUGCUCCACCAACUGUCAGGGCCUCUGCUCCACCAACUGCCAGGGCCUCUGCUCCUCUAGCUCCCAAGGCCUCUGCUCCACCAGCUCCCAAGGCCUCUGUUCCAACACCUCCACUUGUUGCUCCACCAGCCACAACUUGUGCAGCUGCUCCACCAGCACCAUCUCCGGUUACUUCUGAUAAUAGAUUGAGGUGUGAUAUGUACGUGAUUGAUCCCAAACAAAAAGAUCCGGUCUUAGUUGCAUCAGGUUAUGUGAAACUUGAAAAGGCAGACAAAGAAGGCAAUAUUAUAAUACAUGGAGUAAAAAAGAAGUUUGAUGAUUUCAAACGUGUCUUUAUUGAGAAGGUGGUUGAAGAAAAUGCCAUUCUACCAUGCCCUAUAGAACAUGAAGGCUUCGGCACAGUUGGUUUAGCUGUAAACAAUUUUGUAGCUUGGCCAAAGAACCUAAUCAACAUACAUCUAGAUGAUUUAGCAAAGAAGCUAAUGAUAGUGUCUAGUGGGAUGGGAAUGCAUUAUUGGUGA